CUGAUCGCACGCCUCGAAGACGCCGAGGGGCGGCCUCCGAGCGAUCGGGACCGGGCACUGGCGCGGGAACUGGUCUUCGGCGUCUUGCGCUGGAGACGAGCACUUGACUACGCCCUGGACACGUAUUCGCGGCGUCCGGUCAGCAGACUCGAUCUUCCGGUGCGGAUAGCUCUCCGCCUCGGGCUCUACCAACUCCGGUAUCUCGACCGGGUGCCCGCGAGCGCGGCCGUCCACGAGUCGGUGUCGCUCGCCGCCGCCUUCGCACGGCCGGGCGCCGCCGGACUCGUGAAUGCCGUGCUCCGCGCCUACCUGCGCGCGGACCAUCCCUGGCCGCACCGCGGGGGUGAUCGCGAUCUCUACCUGCGAACAGGCUUGUCCCACCCGGAUUGGCUCGUGGACCGCUAUGUGAAACAGCUCGGGAACGACGGCGCCAAGCGGCGUCUGGAAGCCAACAACCGGUCCCCGUCCGUGUUCUUGCGGGUAGGUCUCAGGGGAGACUUCGACAACGUCCGGCGGCAGUUGGAGGCGGACGGCAUUCGGACCGAACGCUUUCCACUCGCGCCGCGCUGCCUGAAGGUCACCGAGGGAAAUCCGCAGGAUUCCGCACUGCACCAGGAAGGCGAAUUUCACAUCCAGGAUGCGGGGUCACAGCUCAUCGCCUGGUUGCUUCCCGCGGAGGGAGCCCGGCGGUAUUUCGACGCCUGUGCGGCGCCGGGCGGCAAGGCCACCAUCCUUGCCGAGCGCAUCGGGCCCCGCCCGCUCAUUGCCGCUGAUGUACGAACGUCACGCAUCGAGCUCCUCCGGAAUACCGCGCGGCGGCUCUCGGCCCCCAACCUCCUUCCCCUGGUGGCCGACGCUUCCCGUCCCCCCUUCGCGGCUCGGUCCUUCGACCGGGUGCUGCUGGACGUUCCCUGCAGUGGCCUCGGCACGCUGUCGCGCAAUCCCGACAUCAAGUGGACCGCCUCUCCGAACCGCCUCCAGCGCCUCGGGAAGAGCGCGCUCCAGAUGGCCCGGGCGGCGGCCAGCCUGCUCACCCCCGGCGGAAUGCUCCUGUAUGCCACCUGUUCGCUGGAGCCCGAGGAGACGAGCGAACCGGUGCGGGACCUGCUGGCCGAAACCCCCGGCCUCCGAGCGAUCCCUCUCAGGGAUCGCCUGCCGGAGGCGCUCGAGCCGCUCGUCGGCGACGAUGGGGCGCUUCGCCUGGCGCCCGAAGAUCAUGGGACCGACGGCUAUUUCGCGGCGCUCCUCCAGCGCUCGAGCAUUUAA